AUGGAGUUUGCGCGAAGGCAGGCAUCGUCUCCAUUGGCUGACGGUGUAGCAACUCCAGUAUCAUCAGCAACAACAUUGCAGUCGACUAUCCCAAGCGCAAUUACGCCGGCUCCAGCAUCGACGCCGAUAGUGCCAGCCGAGACCCUACCUGUCAAUCCACCCGAUUGUGCUUGGGUUGAGUCGUUGAAAAAAAAUGUAUGUUCCUCAACUGCAGUAACUCCUGAGGGCUCACCAUCCGUGGUGUCGACACCUGGUACGCCCGCUGUACAGACAGCCGAUCCAAAGUCCACGAUUUCAUCCAUAGCCCUUCAACCACCUCAGAAUAACAAUGCUACGGGUCCAGUUGACAAGCCUUCUGAUACGCCACGAGCUGCCAAUGGAUUAUCUGGAGGCGCGGUUGCCGGGGUGGCUAUUGGAAUGUUGAUCGUCGGUUUGCUCAUCGCCGGAGCCGUAUUCUUCUUCUUGCUACGCCGUCAGAAUAAGAAACGAUACGACUCAGUCCAAGCAUACCCACCACCUCAUGCACUCGGCAAUGGCGCUGCUGGGAUCUCGGAGAAAGGCCCAACAGUUGUCACCAGCGCUUAUGCUACGAACAUCGAUGAUAUGCUACCUCAGCCCGUGGCAGACGACACUAUCACAGACGCAGCCCUGAAAAUUCGGGACAACAUCAAGAACCACGUCCGCACUUACUAUCAUGUCUCUCCUGUUCCGGUAGCCAGUAUCAACCAGGCGGACAUGGGAGAGCUAGCGGCCGCAACUGGCACAAGUUCUGCCAUGCUUGCGAGCAUGCUCUCGAACAUCUCGACCCGAGCCGAGACGCUUCGCCUCGUUGUCGCCUGGGUUGUGCUAUCUCGAUGCACCGGAGAGCGUAAUGAGAGUUUGUUGCCUGAAGAGCUUGCGACGAUUGCCACAGCCAUACCAGGAAGAGAUGGUAACAAUGUUGCUCAGUCAGCCAUGUACAGCAAAUGGAAGACCAUAACUGGAGCUCUGUUGCAUGAACGAAUCGGCCAGAACGCACAGGAUCCAGCCCGAAAGCAAAGGUUCGCUGGCGCGACUGUGGAUCUGGAAUCUAUCGUGGCGCCCUUUGUGCAGAGUGGCUUGGAAGCUCAGCGUAGCAAGAAUCUGGACAUGAUUCUCACGCGAUCGGCAAACUUCACGUUCCUACUCUUUUCACAACCUGGUACAUUCCACUUUGAGUUCUCGAGCGAGCAUGGGGGGUUGGUAGUGUUUCCAGGUCUGGUACAGACGAUCGGAGACCAGGGGCAAGUGCUGGGGCAGUCGCGCGUGCUUCUGGAGAAGGAGAUCGCAGCAUGA